AUGAGCAAUCAAGAUCGAUUCGUCGAAAAGGCAGAGAGUGCCGCCAGCCCCAAUCGCAUUCCCCAUGGACACCCCACGAAUCCUAUACAGGAAGAACGACAUGAAGAAAUCGAGCGAACACCGACCAGGUCCAGCGUUGCGACAACUUCGACGUCCUCAUCGGGCGCCUCCGCAGCAGAACGCGAUGCCGACAUGUCCAGGUUUCCAACACAACGCGACGAUGUAGUAGAUCUCGAACGUCAUGCCACAGCAUUGAGCAGAAUACAAACACAGAGAAGCCAACACAGCCAGACGGUUGGUGGCAGCCUCAAGAAUAGGAUGUCUAGGAAACCGCUCCCCGCGUUUGGAGCUGGCAAGCCGUAUCCACCACCACUACCGGAGAGAGAAGAAUAUGUCGUUGAAUUUGAAGGUGUCGAUGACCCGCUGCAUGCUAUGAAUUGGCCGCUGAAAAAGAAGCUCGCAACGGCGGCAAUGCUUGGGUUCACGACACUUACUGCAGCGUUCGGUAGCUCCAUCUUCAGUGCUGCGACGGGCGCUAUCAUGCACAAGUUCCAUGUAGGAUCAGUUGUCGCUACGCUAGGGACGUCCUUCUACGUGCUGGGCUUCGCGACUGGACCGAUUCUAUGGGCACCGUUCUCUGAGCUAAAGGGUAGACGAUUGCCUCUAGUCAUCGCCUCGUUUGGAUUCUCUGUAUUCAACAUUGCGGUAGCAACAGGCAAAGAUCUACAGACUGUGUUGAUCUGUCGGUUUUUCUCUGGGUUCUUUGGAGCUUGUCCUCUCACGUGCGUCGCAGCAGUAUUUUCCGACAUGUUCAAUAACGCUACGAGAGGUAUGGCAAUUACUAUCUUCAGUAUGACGGUGUUUACGGGUCCGCUUUUGGCACCUUUCAUCGGCGGUUUCAUCGUCAUGUCUGACCUCGGAUGGCGCUGGACUACAUACAUCGUUUCCUUCAUGGGAUUCGCCGCGUUCACAUUGAACUUGCUCUUCCUCUCCGAGUCCUAUCCCCCCGAGAUCCUAGUCCUCAAAGCUGCGGAGCUGCGCCGCCGGACGAAAAACUGGGGCAUUCAUGCGAAGCAAGAAGAAGUUGAGAUCGACUUUCGACAGCUGGUCGAAAAGAACUUUUCGAGGCCGAUUCGUAUGUUGUUUACAGAGCGUAUUGUGCUACUCCUGAGUGUGUACACGGCUUUUAUCUAUGGUCUGCUGUACCUCUUUUUAACAGCCUACCCCUUGGUAUUUCAAGGUGUCCACGGGAUGAAUUUGGGUGUCGGAGGUCUGCCUUUCUUAGGCAUGGUUACUGGCCAGCUGUUGGCAGGGACUUUGAUUUUCAUUCGACAACCGGGAUAUCAGAAGAAGCUUGCCGCAAAUAACAACGUUCCUAUUCCUGAAUGGCGACUACCGGAGGUAAUCAUCGGGGGCAUCUGCUUCUCAGUAGGCAUGUGUACUUUCUGGUUCGGUUGGACUGGGUAUAGAGCAGAUAUCCACUGGAUCGUCCCCACUCUCUCUGGUAUUUUGAUCGGAUUUGGCCUUCUGAGCAUCUUCCUACAGUCGCUCAAUUACCUCGUUGAUGCGUAUCUCAUGUUCGCCGCCUCCGCGAUCGCAGCCAACACGUUCAUGCGCAGUCUAUGUGGAGCGUGUUUCCCUUUGUUCGCCCGACAAAUGUUCUUGGGCAUGGGUAUUCAAUGGGCAGCUACGCUGCUUGGUUGUAUAGCUGCGCUCUUAGUUCCAGUCCCGAUCUGGUUCUACCUCAGAGGCGCGAAAAUCAGGGCGAAGAGUGCUUAUGCACCCACAGCCAAGCCAUCGUCUGCUGAGGAAUAACAACUUAACACCGAACGUUCUGCGCGUAAAUGUUCGCAUUUGUGACACAUACAAUGGGGGCGGGGGUUGCUUUGAGCAUUUAGCGUUGCCUUCAAAAAGAUACCACUU